ACAGACAUCUGUCAAAGGUCCACAAAUCAAGCCAAAAGUGUUUUACUGGUGCAUUCAUUACCUUAUUUUUUCACACAACCAUUAAUCUAGUAAAUAAUUGAAAACUGGUUAAUAAUGUUAUAAAUUUUAAUUAUAAUGGCAAAUCACUAUGAAGUGCCCAAUUGGGCUGGUAAGCCGCCAACCGGACUCCACUUAGACGUUCUAAAAGGAGAUAAAUUAAUUCAGAAACUAAUGAUAGACGAGAAAAAAUGUUAUUUAUUUGGACGGAAUCCUCAAAUGAAUGACUUCUGCAUUGAUCAUGCUAGCUGCUCUAGGGUGCACGCUGCUCUGGUCUACCACAAACAUUUGAAUAGAUCAUUUUUAGUCGACCUCGGUAGUACUCAUGGCACUUAUAUUGGAAAAAUGCGCUUAGAAUCAAACAAACCAACACAAUUACCGAUCGAUUCUAAUUUUCAUUUUGGAGCUUCAACCAGGAAUUAUAUUAUAAGAGAACGCCCGACUGGGACAUCGCGUGGUAUAAUGGAGGAUCUCCCUAAUACAGAAACUGAAGGAGCAUUGCUCGGCCUGCCUGAAACACAAACCGAACUAGAUAACUUAACUGAAUUCAACACAGCCCACAACAGAAGAAUAUCGAUGCUUGGUAUAUCAACCGAAGAUGGAACUGAUGUUAUCAAGCCGACAACCGGUACGAAGCGUACCGUUUCGAUGCCGGUCGGUGUGCCGAAGAAGCAGAAAAGAAACGUGUCUUUCAACGAAGAAGUGGACAUUAUCAAUCCCGAAGACAUAGAUCCGUCCAUAGGCCGUUUCAGGAACUUGGUCAAGUCGACGAUCGUGCCGAAUGCGAACGCCGUACCUAAGAAGCUGAAGCUGCAGAGCGCCGAGGAAAAUCAACAUCACCACUCGUUGAGGCUGCAGGAGAUAUCUCGGGGAGGGAAUCUGUACUCGGAUUUGCCCGCACCGAGCUCACAUCUAAGUUUGAUCGGGGCUAGGCUCGGUCUAUCGUUGCCGAACCCGGCGCCCGAAGUGGAGCUCGAAGGUCCGGAACCGUUCAUGCUGCACGCGCCCUUACCGACCACAGCACCCGAAGAACCAGGUUCGUCGGCCGGCCCGCGAAAGAAGAAGUACGCCAAGGAAGCGUGGCCAGGCCGGAAGCCAAGUCUCAUACCGGGCGUGUGAAGCGAAACUGAAGUCGGAACGUUUUAAAAACUUAAAAGUAAAUAAACAACCAUGUCCUUUUGUGUUCAGCGUUUGAAUGGAGCUUUAGGUGUCGGAGAGUCAAUGUAAAACGAAGUUUCUCGUUUCUGUGUGAUGGCUUGUCAAUGAGCUCACGUGAUAUACGAUUUGUAUUGGUGACGCCGGAGUUGUUCUCGGAAGUCAAUUUUGGAUUGUGCUGGCGAAUCUGAAUAUUCAAUUCAUUGUAUAUUGUAACGCGCUGGAGAUAAAUAAAAAAUCUACCGAAGUAUAAAUUAAAACUGUAUAUUCACACUUAGAAAACUCACAGAACACUUUAAAAUUCUUAAUUCACUUCUUCCGCUUCGCUUCAGGUAAUCCGUUCGCUGUUUCGUUUCGAAUAGUUCCGAUUACUAAUUAACUCGUGCCAUCUCUGCAACGCUUUUAUAGUCGAUAUGACAUCCCUAGAAUUAUCGAGGAAAUUCCUCACAAGUCGAGUUAUCUUCGACGUGUGUUUCCGCUAUCUGACAAUAGGUGGCGUUGUACUUCUCGAUCUUUCUCGACGUUAUGACUUCCUUUGAUAUUCGUUUCGGCUAUUUGGCGAUAGAUGGCGUUACUCUUACCGGCGUAAUAAUAUCAUGCAUGUAAGUAAUGUGGUAGUAAUAUAUUAGCCGAUGUCGGUCGUCUCCUAGGGAAUGUAUCGGCGCGGUGAAACAACCGUCAUAAAAUACACACAUAGACUAUUUCGACCUCAUGUCUGAAGGUCACUGUGAGCGGGCUCCGGUAACCACUUAACGUCAGGAUGGCGGCUGAAAUUAUCGCAGGAUAGUGUUGUCGUGUUUUGAUUCACACGAUAACAGAGCUGAGGCCAAUCUGUCGAUAAUUACCCAGUAAACCCUCUACAAACCAGGGUCGUAAGCUCGUCUCUGUGACUUAGUGCGAUCUUGCUGCUUUUUGUCCAAAUAAACUUGAUCGAUCCGACACGCCGAUUUGUUGAACUCAAAGCUUCUUGAGCACUGUUGCGACUUCGGAUGAAACGGAAACGACACUAGAAAGAGACAAACAUAUACGUCUAUAGGAUUCAGCGUGCGAAAUUGAGAGAGAAUACUGCAGGCACGUGUUAUUUCAAUCGUAUCUCUGACCGAUAAUUGGGCUUCUUCGGACAUUUGUCGUUAGAAGAAUCAAACUAGGAGUCGCCAGAGAACCAUCGUCUUUUGUUCUAUGGAAAACGUUAUUUGAUACAUAUCGAUACAUCAGAACCCUUGGAAAACAAAUCUGAUAUAAGUAAUGUUCAUUUAUCGAUGCUAUUUGUUUCAAUAAAACCGUACAUCAUCAGUUCCAUAUACCAAUUUGUUUAAUAUCACAUAUACAAUAUAAUUUCUAUAUGCACUUAUGAUUUUUUAAUUGAGGUAUUUCACAAUUAAAGACGAUGCAUUCUGAAAUUGAUAAUGAAUUUUGACCUGUAACUGGUUCUUAGGCUUCUCCAAUUGUACGCCAUUGAUCACGAUCCUCGGUUGCUAUCAACCAGCUCUGACCAGCCAUCCAGCAUAGGACGUCACAUCCUAUUUUAUUUAUUUCAUUUACUUUAGAUUUUGCAUCCAUAUUACAUUCAUUAACAUUUCAUAUAUAUGAAAAAAAAUUUGUCAAAACUACCUUAACUUAAAGGCUGGCUAUAUCCUAUAUCCAACUCUGGACUGAUAUAAGCUGAUCACGAUAAUGAACUGGUUCUUAUGUAUCGAUAUUCCUAACGAUGUCGAUUUUCCUAUAGUACAUUGAGAGCGACCUGCGUAUACCAAUAUGAACUUGGCGUAGCCCUCCUGAUUAUAUAUCCGUAUUUAGCCCUUAAAAGGGAAAAUAUUUUUUAUCUAGGACCACAGUUAGUUUAUGGAGAUAUCUAGAAAAUUAAUUAGCACAUUAAGUGCGGUUGAUAACGUCAAUUGCCGUUAGUCAAGACAAGCGGAAAUAUAUCUUAUCGUAUUCCAUACGGUAUUCGCGAUUCAUAGAUGUAAUUUGAUAUUAGUUCAUUCAAAUUUAUUAAACUGUCGACGAAUUACAAUUUCAUCGUCCAUCACCCAUGAACCGUCUUGCUCCUUUUUUUUCGCCACCCACCUUGAGAUACAAGUUCUAAGGUCUCGAGUAUAGUUACAACGGCUGCCCCACCAUUCAAACCGAAACGCAUUACUGCUUCACGGCAGAAAUAGGCAGGGUGGUGGUACCUACCCGCGCGGACUCACAUGAGGUCCUACCACCAGUGAUUAUGCAAAUUAUAAUUUUACGGGUUUGAUUUUUAUUACACGAUGUUAUUUCUUCACCGUGGAAGUCAGUAGUGAACAUUUGUUGAGUGCGUAUUUCAUUAGAAAAAUUGGUACCCGUCUGAGAUUUGAAUACCGGUGCAUCGCUCAACACGAAUGCACCGGACGUCUUCCCCUCAAUACUAUGGGUUGUGACUCGCCCACUGCAUCAAUCUCUCUUGUACCAUUGCUCUCCAUCUGCUGCGAUUCUUGGCCUCGUGAAGGGCAUCGUGACGCUUGAUGUCCAGACAACCCCUAAUUUGGUCGGACCAUUUCGUAGGACUACGCCCGCUGAGACGUUUGCCCUCUAUUAUGCCCAUUGCCAUCAGGUCCUCAAUAUUGUGACCCUCCUUUCGAGCAAUGUGUCCAAAGAACUCCAAUACUCUACGAAUGCAUAUCGUGGAGAGUCUAGUUUUAACAUUAAGCUCCUUCAGUAUUGAAAUAUUGGUGCAAAAAGCAGUCCAUGAAAUGUAAUUAACGUGAAAUCAAACAUUAACGUUGAAUCAUGUCUACGGCUCGCGAAAACCUAAGAAAAUACUAUAGUGUAUUGUUGGCGUUGUAUGAUAUCAUUGUAGAGUAAUCCCCCUAUAACGCGGUAGAUCGGUUCCGCGUUAUAGGAAACGCGUUGUAAGCGUAUUCUCGAAUAAUGCGCUUGUGUGACCUCAUAUAACGCUUUAUGCAUGUACAAACAUAAUUUAUGUAUAUAUACAAAUAUAAUACAAUAUAACCAAUGUUUUUGCAAUUCAUAAACUAAGAACACAAAUUUAAUAAAAUAAUCUAAUUUUAUUUUAUAAUAACACAAUAGAAGACAUGAGUGGAUGAAGGGGAUAUAAUAUAAUUUGUUAAUUUUGAGAAAACGGGCAACAAAAUUUUGUUACUUGUACUUUUUCUUCGUUCAUAACUCCUUCAUUACACUUGCAAUUUCUAAAAACAGCCUUUAAAAUCUGAGUUUAAGGUCUAAUAUAGUUUAUAGGCACUUAACACCUUCAUUAAAUGUAAAAACUCAAAAAUCUUAAAAAUUGUACUUAACCCAUUCAUCCACAUAUGUCUUCAAUUGACUCGAUGUGCAAAGGUAAGCGAAAUUAAUUAUAAACUGUACGAAUAAUUAUAAAUUUCACAGUACGUGAGUACAGAAAUCGCCUUUUCGCAUUAAAAGUGUACAAUUUCCAAAAACAUUCGAAAUUGAGUUAAUAUGCGUAAACAUUUGGUAUCACCAGUAUUUUUCUAAUAAAUACUGUCAAAAGAAAGAAACAAAAGUUUUUUUUUUUUUAGAUUGUUAUAUCCUAUUCUAUAUUAGAUGUUUUGACUACUAUUAACAAAAUUAAUACAUAAUUUUAUCUUACUUUAAAAGACAGAUAAAGAAACUGGUAUGUAACCUUUAAAACACUUUCCUGUAAAAUUAGUAAAUUUUGAGAUUAUACAGUUUUAAUGCGAGAAGACGAAAGAAAUAUAACUUGUGAAAUCCCCGCGUUAUAUGGGGGAUUACCCGCGUUAUACGAGGGGUUUUAAUCGAGUAAUAUGAAAAUGCGUUAGAAGAUUACCGUGUUAUAGGGAGGAUUAUUGUAUUGCCUAAAUUGGGCAGAGCGCCACUUAAUGUAACAAGGAUGUUGCCAGACGAAAAGCUGUUACAUGAUGUCUUUCUAUUAUAUAUCGAUAAAAAUAUCGAUUAUAAUUUUUAAUGUACAUAAUUAUAUGUAUCGAUUUUAAGGAGUACCAUAGAUUAAUUAAACAGAUAAUCGAUUAUUUUAUGUGUGUAUACAUACACAAAACUAGUGCUAAGUUGAGGGUUUGGUGAAGAGAAGCAAUGACUAAAGUUUUGUUACAAAAAUA